AAGAGUGGCUGGGGACAGACCAACAAGACCUUGUCUCCCCUGAGGAUCUGCAGAAACCCCCGAAAGCCAGGGCCAUUGCAGGCUGGGGGGCGGCCGCCUGCCUGCUAGCAGGGCUAGGGGAGAUGCUGCUUCUCACGGCGCUGAGCACCGAGUACUUGAUGUUGAGCCACAGGCCCCAGCACACGGGGCACAGCGGGUUCGGGCCGGACUGCGUCACCGGAAUGCAAGAGAUCUGCGUCACCCCCACGGAUGUCACCGGUACGGGGGCCAGGUGGGUGGAACAGGCCUGGGUGUAGCUGGCUCUGGGGCAGGUGGUUGGAUGUAACAGCACUGGCUGCAGUUGGCUCUGGGGUGGGUGGCUGGGUAUAACAGUUCUGGUUGCGGCUGGCUCUGGGGUGGGCGUCUGCGUGUAAUGGCACUGGUUGCACCUGGCUCUGGAUUGGCCCAGCCGGGUGUAAUGGCACCAGUUGCAGCUGCUCUGGGGCAGAACAUUAACCUGCUGUGUGCCACAGGCACAGUCCAGGCCACACGGAUCUGCCUGGCACUGGCAGCGCUGCUGGGGGUGCUGUGCACAGUGCCAGCUGUCACCAUUGUCACCUCCUGCCCCUGCAGGGACUCGGGCGUUGGGCCGGGCACCACCAUCGUCAGCUUUGCUGCAGGGGUGCUGGGGCUGGCGGCCAUGGUGGUGUUCAUGGCCGGCGUCUGGGACUCCGCCGCAUCCCCCCAGGUUCAGAGCAGCUAUGGCUGGUCCUUUGGCCUGGGCUGGGCCAGACCCCCCCGCGCCCUGCUGCUUGUAGGUGAGCCCUGAGGGUGGGGCUAUGGGCCAUAGGGCAGG